AUGCACGCCAAAACUCUUGCCGCCGGCCUCGCCGUCGCCGCCCUCUCCUUGAUCCCCUCCUGCCCUGCGCCCCCAGCAGUCGGUGCGAUCAUCACCGGCAUUGUUGGUCCCCUCGUCGGUAACAUCAUCUACAUCGGUCUUAACACCGGCGGCGUCGGGGAGCGUGACGUCGAGACCUUCAUCGACGGCCUCGAGAAGCGCCAGUCCUGGCCUGGUGUGCCUGACCAAAACAUUAAACAGUGCCAUGAUGCCAAUGUCGGCCGGACCGUGACUGUCCGGGAGACAUCUGCCAACUCUCUUCGUGUUGAGAAUGUGGCCCCGGAGUGCAUGAACCUGGCCGCUCUCUUUACCGAACAGGGAACUCCCAUCCCGUGUGGCUCUGCUUGCCUGGACUAUGUCAACUUGAGUGCGGCCGAUAAGCAGAAGCUGAUGGAUAUUGUGCACAGUCUCCUUUAA